AUGCAAGACAAUUGUAUUGAAACCAAGGAUAUACUGUUGGAGGGGAGUUCGAGUCGUAGCUUGAUUUCCAAAUGCAUUAAAAUGGAAGUUUCGAAAAACGCGCAGUUAGUUGAUACACGUGAGAAAAUUUAUGGAGAUGAAUGCCGAAUCUGUUUAAAAAGAGCUGCUGAAAUUUGUGAACUUUUUAGAAAUGGGGACGCUAUUCCUCGUAAACUUAUGGCCGUUGCUUCUGUACAGAUUGAAGAAGGAGAUGGUUUACCACCAAUAAUUUGUUUGCCUUGUAAUCAACGUUUGGAUGCAUCCUAUGACUUCAAAUGUCAAAUACAAAAUUCAGAUGAAAAACUGCGUCAGAUUUUGAAGCUAAAAUCCUCUUCCAAUGAUUCUGUUACCAGCGCCAGUAUAGUUACAGCAAUAAUUGCUGAUGUAAUAUCUAGUGUAAUAUCGUCUGAGAAAGAAAAUAUAGAAAAGCAGGAAGUUUGUUCUACAAAUUUCUGUCCUGAUAAUUUUUGUUUCACGAAAGAUGAUUCUUCCUUUUGUCUUAAUUCAGAGAAGAACUUGUUUUGUUAUGAAAAAGACUCACAAAGUCAAUUAAGUGACACAGAACAAAGAAAAAGCUUAGAAAAUGUAAAUGUUUAUAAAAGUUUAUUAGAGGAUGAUUCUGUAAGACAAAUAAGUUCAAUAAAACAAGAGUUUUCUUUGUUGGUUGAUCAUGUGGUACAAAGUAAAGAUGCUUCAUUAAAAGAAGAAAUAAGUAAUGAAGAAAAUCAACAGGUAUUAGAAGAAACAUCAAAGACAGGUGGUAUUCAAGAUGAUGAAGAAAAACCAUUAAUUUCACGCACAACUAGACUACGGUGUACACAGUGUAUUAAGUCUUUUCGUACAAAAGUGGCCUUGCAGAGACAUGCCAUUGUACAUAAACGUAAAACUAAAUUGCGUUAUGUUUGUUAUGUUUGUGAUAAACAAUAUUCUACUCUUGCAAAAGUGAAAAAUCAUGUUGCAAUUUGUCAUGAAGCUCAUGAUAGAAAAGAAAAUAUUCAAGACAAGAGAAUUAAUUAUGAGCAAGGCAAAGGAAUUGCAAAUGUACAAGAUAAAAGAAUUAGUAAUAUCCAAGAUAAAAAAAUAAAAAUUCAAAAAAAUGACGACUCUUCUAAAGAACAACGAAAAAGCCUAAAAUUUACAUGUAAAGUUUGCUCAAAACAAUUUACUUACCAAAAAUCUUUUAUUACACAUGCUAAAAGUCAUCCAGAGUAUAAAUUAGAAGAAUUAGAUGACUCUUCUCAGUGUUCAACAAAAGAUAGAUCUACAGAUACAAUUGAAGAAGAAGAAGAAAAUGAAGAAGAAGAAGAUGAAGAAGAUGAGGAGGAUGAAAAUCUCCCUGCUGAAAGUCUUCAAUGUACUCAGUGUGGAAAAUUAUUUGCAACAAAAAGAAAUCUUAAAAGGCAUGUUUCCACACAUAGUGGAUUGAAGUACACAUGUGGAACAUGUGGUAAAGGAUUUUCAAGAGUGGAUAAAUUAAAAGAUCAUGAACAAUCAAAACAUAAGGCUGAAUUAUUUGAAAACUCUGACCUGGAUGAUAAAGAAGAUAUAGACAAUAUAAAUAAAGGAGACUGUUUAGAAGGAAGGAAAAAAGAUCGUCAUAAUAGACCACACAAAUGUGCAAUCUGCCCUAAAUCGUUUGCACAGGCUCAAUCGCUAGCAAAUCAUAUAGAACGUCAUAAACGAGUCAAAGAAACUCAAAAAAGGUUCCUUUGUGAAGUCUGUAGCAAAUGUUUUGCACAAAGUGGUUCUUUGGUUGCACAUAUGCGUACUCAUACUGGAGUUAAACCAUAUGUCUGUAAUGUGUGUAGUAGAGCUUUUACAAAGAGCACUUAUUUACAAUUGCAUCUGCGUACCCAUAGCGGAGAAAAACCUUAUAUUUGUCAGUAUUGUAGCAGAGCCUUCGCACGUGCUAAUACAUUAGCACGGCAUAUAACUAUGCAUACCGGAGAAGCGAAAUAUCAUUGUCAGAUUUGUACAAAAUCAUUUAGAAGACUGACCUCGUUGAAUGAACACACUUACACACACACUGGACAGAGACCAUAUGCGUGCAAAAUUUGUACAAAGAGGUAUAAUAAUGCCGGAUCACUCUAUGCACAUAGAAAAAAGUGUAAGGCACAACAACUGUCGAAUACUGGAUUUUCGGUUUCCGUGGAAAACUCUGUAUCGCAACAAGAUAUAAAUGUUCCACAAGUUUUGAUUUAUUCACAGAGAAAAUUAGUAGAAGAUGCAACUGUUGGACAAGUUACGCCCAUGCCGCAGUAUAUGAUCCCAAAUGUACACAAUCAGAAAAAUUUGGGAUCAAAUAUUAUUCAGCCAUUUACAGUGGAUGAUCCAAAUGUUUAUACGAUUAAUUCAAAGCAAUUUAAGAAUCCCUAUUAUACAAUUUAUCCAAACAUGUAAAUUAAUAAUGUGUCCGGGAGAUCGAUUAAAGAAUGCCUUUUUUAGAGCUAUUUAUGUGUUCUUCUCUCAUAUUUUGAAAAACUAGUAAAUACAAAUAUGAAG